CAGGUAUAUAAUCCAUUUUUUUAUAUUAUAGUGCAUUGUUGUACCAUUCAAAAAGUUUUAUUCUUUAUAAAAAAAUAUAUAAUUUCCACACUUGUAAGCCGAAAUCCACGAUUCACGACUAAAAGCUAAACCGUCAGAGAUAAUAUUUGAAGACAUUUCUCAGAUUUCUGUCUCAGAUUCCUGAAGAAUUGAUAUGGAAAACGUUAAGGACUUGGACACUUCUACCACAACUAAUUUUACCGAUGUAGAUUCAGCAGCAUCGACAGACAGAGACGAGAAACCUUUAUGGAGUGAAAUAUUUAUUAAUCAAGCAUCAGUAAUUGAACCUAUUCCUGAAUAUUGCUGUGAGAUUUGUGGGAAAACAUUCAAUUCAGAACAGGAUUUCUUCACGCAUAAAGACGCACACAAUAAGGAAAAACCAUUCCAUUGUGAAAUAUGUGGGAAAUAUUUUGCAUAUAACAGUUAUUUUAUAAGCCAUCAAAGAAUCCACACUGGAGAAAAGCCGUAUCAUUGCGAAAUAUGUGAGAAAUCUUUCACUCAGAAUUCUCAUCUUGUUAUCCACAUACGUAGUCAUACAGGGGAGAAACUAUUUCAUUGUGAAAUAUGUAAUAAAUCAUUUGUCUCCAACAGUAAUUUAACAAAGCAUAGGAGAAUACAUACUGGAGAAAAGAACUUCCAUUGUGAAGUCUGUGCGAAAGCAUUUGGUACUAACAGUGAUUUAAUCAGGCACAGAAGGAUACACACUGGAGAAAAACCAUACCACUGUGACAUAUGUGGGAAAUCGUUUACUCAAAAUUCUUGCCUUGUUAUUCACACUCGUAGCCAUUCUGGAUUAAAACCAUAUCACUGUGAAGUGUGUGGGAAAUCUUUUGUGGAUAAUAGUAAUCUAAACAGACACAGACAAACACACGCUAAAGAAAAACUGUUCAACUGUAAAACUGUGGUAGAGACUAAGCCUUUUAACUCUGAAACUUCUGUAGAAGCUAAGACUUUUAACUUUGAAACUUCGGUAGAGACUAAGCCUUUUAUCUCUGAGACUUUGGUGGAGGCUAAGCCUUCAAACUGUGAAACUUUGGUGGAGGCUAAGCCUUCAAACUGUGAAACUUUGGUAGAAGCUAAGCCUUUUAACCGUGAAACUUUGGUAGAGGCUAAGCCUUCAAACUGUGAAACUUUGGUAGAAGCUAAGGCUUUUAACUGUGAAACUUCGGUAGAAGCUAAGGCUUUUAACUGUGAAACUUCAAGUGAGGCUGUCUAAUAUAUUUAUAAAGAAUGACUUUCACUACAAAAGGAAGGGACCAACCACAUUGACUCAAUUUAUGAAUAUAUCAUCAUUAUACAUAACUGAGUACUGAGAUUAAUUAAACUGACUUAAUUACUAUUCUAUGAUAUAUUUUAUUGACACAAAACAGCACAUCUUGGAAAAUUUGUAGACAUUCAUUAAUUGCACAUGUUUUGUCUAAUUAAGAAUUUAUAAACAAAUGGUGGUGCCUGUGUUUAUUAAAAUGAAUUAAACUGACUUAAUUAUCAUUUAUGAUAUAAACUAUUAUGGUUAACAUUUGAGGAUUCCAGCAUAUAAUUCCCAUGCAGUCCCUUCUGUUUCAUAAAGAAGAUUGUUGUUACCUCUUUGAUGUCUUUAUCAAUCUUUCUCUUAUAAAUUUAAACUCAUUAGUUCGCCAUGCAUGCAUUAUAGAACAUACGUCAUGAUGAAUGAAGCUGAAGAAAGAAAAAGAAACCAUUGUCUUUGAAUUCUUGUAAUCUAUGAAUCUAGUCUCUUUUGGGAGAAACAUUUUCAUUAAAGAUUUGUGAAUUAUGAAUUAUAAUUGUUUUAAUGUUCACUUUUCCAUGUUGGCAUGGAUCAAAUGGAAUUUGUUGAGACAGGUUUUCUUUGGUUGGAUGCCCUCCCAUCACACAUUUUACAUGCAAAGUAAUAUUUCUUCAUGGUUGGUCACAUUUCCAUUGGCGGUUUGAAACAAACAGCCCUCACAUUUUAUAUGGUGAUACACAUCUGCAACAAUCACUUGUCAUCAAGAUGUGGAGACAUGCACAAACGCACACACGUGCACCCCUCACCCCACAAGACGAGCUUCUUUUCAUAAAGCUGGGCCUUAUAUGUAGCUGCUUAAAUAUGUGCCCCUUAAUCUAGCGGUUCGGCAAAAGAGACCGAUAGAAUAAGUAGUACGCUUACAAAGAAUAAGUCCUGGGGUUGAUUUGUUCGACUAAAUGCGGUG